ACCGAUUAGUAAUUAAUGUAAACAGUACAGAUUGUCACGUUAUACUAAGAACCUCGUUUUUAGUUUAUGAAGGGGUUUAGAACUUUUAGUCAAAUAUUCAUAUAACAUUAUUCUAUUUAUGAAAUAUGUGCAAUGGAAGAAGAAUUAGAUCCAGAUAUAAUAAAAGCCACGCAGGGUUCUUUAGGGAAAUACAUAAAACGACCGCCUCUGACAGAUAAAUUACUGAAGAAACCACCCUUUAGAUUCCUUCACGAUAUUGUUACGAGUAUAAUAAAAAAUACAGGAUUUUUUGACGGCCUAUUCGAAGAAGACGAAUUAAAAUCUGAAAAUGUGAAGGAUAGAGAAAGCAAAAUAGUAUUUCUUAAUAAAGUUAUAUCAGUUGUUGCUAGUACCACAGGAAAGAGCCUGCUUGUUAAGCCAUCAAAAAUUGUAUCUGGACAGGAGCCUGACAAAACUAAUGAGUUAUUACAAUGUAUAGCACUGGCAUUAGAUAAAAAACUUAGCUCAGAUGAUGCUGUCAGGCAAUACAAGGAAACACUAAAACAAGAAAAUAAAAGUAAAGAAACAAAAGUUGUAAAGAAAAAUCAACAAGCAAAGAAAUUAACGUCCUCACAGAGCACAGAGAAGUUGUUGAAAAACGAUAAAAAUGAUUCCAUACCUUCAAAUAAAACAAAACAAAAAGAUCAAACAAAAAAAGAAUCUCCUCCCAAAAGAACAUCGACACAGUCAUCAAACAUAAAUCCAACGAAAUCAUCAAGUAAAACAGGUCCCAAUAAAAAUAAGCAAGAAAUUAACAAGCAGAGUAAAAUAUCUGUAAGUAAAAACAAUAUCAGCAAUGUUGUUAACAGCUCAGGUAAACAAAAUUCUUUUCAUACUGAUGACAAUUCAAAGGCGCCCGAAUUAACGCAGAAUGAUAAAAAUAAUGAAGUACUGAAAGUGGACGACUCUAUUAUUAGCAAAACUGAAACGGAGAGUGAUAAUAAUGAAUCAAAAAGUUCAAUACACAACGAAGAUACAAAUGUUACAGAAGAUUCCAAGGAUACUAAUCAAGAUGAGAAGGAAGAAAAUGUCACCGAGAAGAAGAUAAUACAAGACACAGUUGGAAUCAAUAAUAAAGAUGAUAUUAAAACUGUGAAUGCCGACACAGCCAUUAAUGAUCAUGAAAUCAUGAAGAAAUCAGACGACUCCGAUAACAAAAGUGCAACUAUUAAUGUACAAAAAACUAAUGAAAAUUUUAACUCUGAACAAAUAAAACCCGAUGUGAAUGUUAAGAGACCGCCGAGUGUGAGACCUUCAUCCUCCAGACCGAGUGCCCCAAGACUCAAAGAUAAACAUGAAAAUGUUAUUAUUAACAGUAAUGAGAAUAUUAUCGUUGGUAAAGUUACCAUUAUACCAGAAAGCACACCGGAAGAGGAUGACGACAACAGUAUAGUAAUUGUAGACAAUACUCAAGGCACUACAGACUAUCAGAACCAAGACGGCGAAUUGCAGCAACGCGGCCAUCUUGUGCAACAAAUACUUGAUGCUCAAAAGGAGUUUUCACAAACGUCUGGAAAGACAGAGAUUGAAUGGCAGUUUGGCGUUCAGAAAUCAAGAGACAUAGUGAACGAGGAAAUUGAGCAGUUGCGAUUUAACAUCCAGGCGUUAUCGCGUGUAGCUAAUCCUUUAGGCAAAUUGUUGGAUCAUAUACAAGAAGACGUUGAAGUUAUGAGACAGGAACUUCACCAAUGGACGAACACCUAUGAAGAUGCUUCUAAGGAGCUAUUGAAACAAAGGGCAGCCAACGAAGAAUCGCUGUUUCCACUGCACAAUAAAAUAAAACAAUUAGACCUGGAUAUAGCAGAGAAGCAGGAAAAAAUAAAUGAUCUCAAAAUCAUUAUACACAAAAAUGCAUUUAGAAUCGAAAAACUAUUAGCCAACGGGCAGAGGCAAUUUUUAUAAAUAAAUCAUUUUAUUUGUCUUAAUACAUAAAUUAAAGCACUUCAGUUACUUAAAAACUGUUUUAUUGUAAUGCUGAAAAAAGAUUAUUUGACUUCCAUUUUUGAACAUUCAAAACAUGUGAAUCCUGUCUUUUUGAUUAUUUAAAUGAAAUGUCUAUUAUUUAUUUCUAAAGGGUUAUUUUAAUAAUAUUUUUUUUAGAUCUACCAACAUAUUUAGUUCCUAAUUGUGACUUCAAUCGAGACUGUUAAAUUUUAUUUUAUUCAAAAGUUAAUCCCGGAUCGUGUCUCCUCCAUUCUACACGACACUGGCAGAAUAUACUGUGCAGGUCUUGGCACGAAUGAAGGCCAUAUUAUAAAAAAAAAUAAUAAUAAAGUAAUCCUUUACGAAACUUUAAUCUUGGUAUUUAUAUACCUACCAAAUGUGCCUUAAUAGAUUUCAAUAGAAAUCGAUUUCUUUGUUUACCUAGUAACUCGGCGAACGGCAUGGUUUUUAAUUAUGCAAGAAGUAAAUUCACAAUUCUUUAUACCGUUUGAACUUCAACUUUUCUGUGUAAGGCAGGAAAGUCGAAAAUUUUCCUUAUUUAUGCUUUAAAUGACAUCUAAAUGGCAUUAUUAUUUCUAAAACCAAAUUAUGCACUACAUAUAUACGUAAUUAAUUAUAACUUUCUAAAAUCCAUAGUUUUAUCUCACUAUGUCUAUUUACAUAUAACCUGCUAUUAUUAUAAUACAGGACUGCUGUGAAUGAAUUGUAAAAUAUUUACAUCAUAACAUUAAACAACCUCCGCAAUUCGAAUACAUUAAACCAUUAAUCUUUGUGACGUCUAUUUCGUCAAGGGUUGUCGAUCGUUAUUUCCUUCAUCUUAAUUCUUAUCACAUACUUGUUACCGUACAAGCAGUGCUUACGAAUAUUUCCCAUUUUUAGAGCUCUACAGCUUUUGUUUAUAAAUGGAAAUUUUUUUUCGAGUUCUCAAAGGCCUUGUAUGGAUAUUAGUUAUCCUUGAUGCAGCACUUAAAGCGCCUUAAACAGACAAUAGUGCUGUGAUGAAAAGGCUGACCUAAGAGAAAUCCUAUGACGCCUUACUUACCUGAUAAUCUAGUUAGUUUUCGUGAGCAGCGUCCCUCGACUCCCAAAUAACCUUUUAGAUUUCCUUAUGGUAUCUCGGAGGCUUGUUUCGUAACAUCAAUAGCAAAAUAAAUAAAAUGAUUUCUUUAACAUAUUUCCUUUAUUUUCAGAACCUAAAUAUAAACAUAAUUUAUUGAUUACAUACAAUUAAAACUAUAAUCGAAGGUUGCAAUGUAAAAAAAUGUAAUGAUUAUAUUUCAUUAAUCUAUUUUUAAACAGCAAAUGUUUUCAAUCGGUUGUUGGUAAAACAUAAAUAAUGAAAAUUAACAAAUAAUCACAUCUAACGUGCCUACAUAUUUGUAAUCAACAAAACUUGUACUAUCAUUGAUAAUUUAAAUAAACAUUGAAUUAUAUGUAAAAAAUAUUGCAACUAUAUGUUAAUAUAAAA